AUGGAUUAUACUUACGCGCAACCGUAUGAUCAUCCACUUCGAAUUCUUGUACCCAGCGAUUCUGUCGGAGCUAUAAUUGGUAAACAGGGUUCGACAGUGAAACAGAUCAAACAAAUAACACAUGCAAAAGUGGACGUAAAUAAAAAUGAAUCGACGAAUACUCAAGAACGAGUGAUUGUCAUUCGAGGUCAACAGGAAAAUUGUAUUCAAGCAUGUCGAGAAGUUCUACGUAUAAUGUAUGAAGAUGCGCAAAAUAAAAAUAAAGCAAACGAAGUGGUGUUGAAAGUACUUGCACAUAAUAAUUUCAUCGGUCGAAUUAUUGGGAAAGGUGGGAAUAUAAUCAAUUCAAUAAAGAAAGAAACCGAAACAAAUAUUACUGUAUCAAGUAUCAAUGAAUUAAAUACAUACAAUGUAGAAAGAAUUAUAACGAUUAGAGGUGAACUCGAUCAACAAAUACGUGCACUUGAAACAAUUUAUACGAAGUUAUGCGCGGCAUAUGAAAAUGAUAAUGCAAGAGCAUGGAAUCAUCCCAUGUCAACGUACCAUCAACAGCAACAACUAAUGCAACAGUUUGCUCAGCAAACAGUCAUAGCAGCAGCUGCCACAGGUGGUCAACCUCUCCUACCUACUCAUUACACUCAACAACAACAACAACAACAACAAGCACACGCACAACAAUCGCUAAUGUCACACACACCAACCAAUAAUAGUAACGGCUCAUCGAACAAAUAUGUUGAACAACAGCCUCAUCCGACUGCAAUAUAUCAUCAACCUUACUACCCACCGAUGUUUCCCGCCCCAGGACCAUAUUAUAUGCCAUAUGCACCUACCGGUCCUAUGAUGCAUCCUCACUAUGGAAGUGUGGCAUUAAAUGGAAAUGGAACGCUUUCUCAUCAACAACAACAACAUUCGCCAUCAAUUACACACCUGUCAUCAAAUGUCCCAGCAGCGAUCGAAACGGUGCAUUUAUAUGUACCUAAUACAGUAAUUGGAGCUAUUAUUGGUACUAAAGGUCUUUUUAUUAAAAGUAUUAUUAAAAAUUCAAAUGCGACAGUUAAAAUCAGUCAACAAAGUCCUCAUGAAGAUCAAAAUAAAAUAGUUGAUCGGCAAGUAACGAUAUCAGGAACUCCUGAAGCACAAUGGAAGAGUCAGUAUUAUAUCUAUGAUAAAAUUCGACAAGAAGGUUACGCUGGUGAUGAUGAAGUUCGAUUACGAGCAGAGAUCUAUGUCCCAACAUCGUUAAUUGGACGUUUGGUUGGUAAAGGCGGACAAAACGUUCGCCAAUUACAACAAUCAACAGGUGCAAUUAUCAAAUUGCCCGAAGAUUCUCAACAAACAUCAGCUAGUGAAGUACCUGUCAAGAUCAUAGGUCCUUUUCAAGCUAGUCAAUUUGCUCAGCGGCGUAUCCAAUCGAUAAUACAAAUGAAUCGUGAUUCAAGCAAUGUGUCAGCUGAAGAUAGUAAUUUCACUACUAUUAAUGACGAUCAAUCGCAUAGCACUGUUUCGAAUAAUCUACCGUCGACUAAUCUCAAUGAUACAUCGACAAUCGUGAAUGGCAGUACAGUUAGUGAUGAUGCUGUUGUUGCCUCUAGUACAAUACGAAAUUCUGAAGAUAGAAUUACAGCGUUGGAUGAGAAAAAAUCAUGUGAUGAAUGA